UUAGAGAAGCGGAGGCCUAAAAUUGGAAGAACCGAGGACAGAAGCGGAGGAAGAAGAGUAACAAAUGUGUCGGGUGAUGCUGCAAUGAAUCGUAUGAAAGUGGGUUUUUUACCAAAAUAUGCUGACAAAUGAUAUAAAAUUAAUGCAUUUCGGAGUGAAUGGUGGAGUCGUGUACAAAACGAGGAUUGCGGGACAGGUACAAAGCGGGGUGCUUCACCGUGCAAUGCAUUGCUGGGGCAUGGCGGAGGAACACGGGACUAGGUUGACGAAGAUUGGGAGAGCAACAACAUGACAGUUGAGGAAGCGUUGUUGUUGGUUGGAGAUUGUUGUUGUAGAGAGCCACCAUGAUUCGAGGGAGGUGGGUCGCUUGUGAGUACAGGACUCAUGUGUCGGUAGCGGACAGGAGGAGGAUCUCCAGCGCAUUUUGUGGCGCUUCGCGAGUGAAUGGUGCACAUUGUGCAUGGAAACCUGCGACUCGUGCAAGCGUUGUCACGAGAAUCGAGCUGUUCGAUCAGCUGAAAUUGAGGGUUUCUCGAAAGGAGGCAUCCGUUUUACCCAGCUUCGUUUCCGCCUGCAGUAUGAAAGACCGCUUGGAGGUUACGGACGUUACAUCGCAAGCGUUGGUAAACCAAUCGAGUACGCUAUUCAAGGAAGUCUGCAUCAAUCCGAAGGCCCUCUCUGCCGAAGCCGCGGAAUUCAUGCUGAGUGUGUCUGCUUCUCAAAGCGUUAUCUCCAAAGAAGAAUCCGAAGACGCUAGUUACGCUGACUUAAUUCUCCAAGGAGUUCAUCCCACGAGCUUUGGAACAGUUUUGUUGGUAUGCACAGUCACAAUGUUUGCUACUCCCGUUGAGGAGUCGGACAUUGAGAAAGCGCGCAGGAGGGCGUUGAUUUGGAAGAAAGCUGUCGGGCCGCUUUUCUCCGUUUUGCCUGUUGUGGCCGGCUAUGACCUUCCGCCAGAGAUUUCCGCCAUUUCCAAGGACUUCGGUGUUCUCUGCUUCGAUGUAAGUAAGUAAUCCGUAGAAGCUUUGUAGAAAGAGAGAGCUCAUGUGCUUUGUCUAUUGAUGGAUAAAUUCUGACUGCAGCCAACGGGUUUUAAACCAUGUGGGACUUUAAAUUGUUGGGAAAUGGAAAGUCCCACAUUGGGUGGAAUUCCUUCAUAGCAAUAAAACCCUUUGGUCUUUUUCUUGUUUA